CAGUUUUCGACAUCUAAAUUAAAGGUCAAUGAUAGCCGUGCAUAAGAAUGAAUAAGACGAAAUAGCACCUAUGUUGUUGCUGCUCUGUCCAUUGUGAAUACAACUGUCUUCAGUAGGUGUCAAAGCAUAAAUUUAUAGUACCGGACAUAGUAAAAAUGAGCAUUUUCAUUAACUACAACCGUGCAUCUCGUUUCUAUGACAGUCAGAGGUUUCCAGUUGGGUCUGAUACUAUGGCGGCCAUGAUUCAGUUCUACACGAGCAAAAAUUUAGCGGAUCUCCGUAUACUACAUGCUGGUUGUGGCACUGGAAAUUAUGAGAAGUCAUUGCUUGAUAUUGGAGUUGGCCAAAUGGCACUACUGGAGUUAUCGUCAGAAAUGUUAAAGACAGCCAAAGAUAAACUUAAUAACUAUAUAGAAUGUGGAAAAGUCACAGAUGUUGCCGAAUGCACGAUGCCACCAUUCCAUUUCCGGAUGACAGUUUUGAUGCGGUCCUGUUCAAUACGGUUUUAAAUCAUCUUGAUCGGGCAAACUCUGCUUUUCCUAAUUGCGUGGAGACACUGAACGAAUCCCGACGGAUCCUGCGACCAAACGGCGUUAUAAUAGUAUCAACAGCCCUUCCAUCAGCAUUUUUAAACGCUGUAUGGUUUACGAAGAUAAAUACGAAAUAAACAAAACGUUUCAUAGAAAAUACUAUUCCAACUUUGGACCAGUUUGAAAAAAUGUUUUUAGCCUCUGGUAUCGAAUGUGUUCAGAAAAUGAAAUAUAUUGGGUUCAGAUAUCUUCAAGAACUAUUACAAUGUAGAUGGUCUGCCGGAGGAAUCUUGGCUGAAAGAAAAUGAGUACCUGACGUUCGCGACAGAGAGUGAAGCUGGAGAAUGGUUCAGAAAAGUUAAAGAACUGAAGGAAAAUGGUGAGCUAGAAAAUUGGGUGAAAGAAAAUGAUGACACACAAACUACAGGUGUUCUAACAAUCUUCGUUUGUAAACCCGUUUCUGCCAAGUGAAUUUACUGCUGCGCAAAUAACGGCUGUAUACUUUCAUGCGAAGAUAAAUCCAUGCAGUUUAUUCUUGGUUUGAUACUGUCAAAGAAUGUUGUAUGAAAUUAUAUUCAAGAAAAGACAAAAGAAAAAACAGUCGUGCAAACAUCAAAGACAGCAUUUAAAAAUGAUAUGCAAAUUUAAAUUUAAUGAUACCUUUUGGAUAAUAACUUGUUGUCGGUUAAAAGAUACUGUUGCGCUGAAAUUUGUAAGUUUGCUCAUGCAGUCAUAUGAAAUGCACUAUUCCAGCAGUUAAAACAUUCUUCAGCCAGCACUCAUGUUCAUAGAAAUGUGAUGCAAUACUCAACAUUUUAGUGUCUACACAAAAAGUUUGAUAUGUCUUUCAGCAAUAUUCAAAAUACUUUUAGCAAAAUGAUAACGGGCAGAUCAACAAACUUCAGCUAAAUUCGUAUUAUCAAUUUAUAUUGCUUUACUGAAAAAGUAACAUUAAUAUUUGCCCAUACGUGACGAAUAUACCCGUCAGCGGUCCUUCUGUCUGUUUUAUCUCACUCUUAUGAUUUAUUCAUGUAUCUAUCAAAGUGUAUCAAAAUGUCCAAUUUCUCAGCAUGGAAAAUAAAAAGCCCUUCCUAAAGGUCGAAUAUUUUAUAUUUCGUGUCCGCUUUUAAUCCUAUCAACUGGAAUGAUUUUUCAAAGAACUCCCCACGAUUGUUAACCAUAAUGAACUGUUUUGUUUUUUUUGUCUUUUUGAUUAAAGUUGAUUGCUCUAACAAUUGUUUGCUUGACGGUACUAAGAAAAUACACUUGUUCCUUAAAGCGCUGAUAUUGGUUGAAAUCAAAGUUAAUUCUUAGUUAGUUCUUGUACAUCUUUUAUUUAGGUCAGAUACAUCCUAGAUUGCUCCUUGCCAUGUCCUUAGUUCAUGGAGUUUAAUGAUCGUUUGAAACUAUUUGCUUUUAUUUUGUUUUAUCUAAUAGACGUUUUGUGUGCUCCUUUGUUAUUUGUGCAGGUCAUCCAGCUUUUCAAAUCAAAGAACGUACAAUAAAAUACAUUCACCAACAUAGAAUUUUCCUCUCGUUACAACCAUAUUUCUCUCAUUAACAUAUAUAAAAAAGUCGAAGAAAAGUCGAUUGUUUUAGUAAAAGAGCAUGUUAAUUUAAAUUGAUUAUGAUAGUUAUCUAAUGUUCUAUUGAUUCAAAAAUAAAUAUUUAAU